AGCCCACAUAGAGUAAGCCCGUGGAAUGCACGCGCCUGUAACUACAUAACCGUUCUAUUCUAUAGCUCAUUCAACUCAGCUGCUUCUUCUUCUUCAACUCAAUCAACUCCUCAAACUCUCUCUAAGGGGACUUUGAAAUUUUGAAGGCAUAUGUUUGUGCUCUGUUGCUUGAGGAAUCGAAGGGAAUAUGGCUAUGCGGUGGUUCUGUCUAAUUGCAAUUGCCCACUGGGCAAUUAUGGGACUUCAGUCUUGGGCAAGCACUGAUGAAUGGGAUGUUGAAGCUCUUCAAAAUCUUUACAUAUCCCUAAACAGGCCACUGCAGCUAGAACAUUGGAAACUAGUGGGAGGAGAUCCUUGUGAAGAAGCCUGGAUAGGAGUUGAAUGCUUCCAAUCAUCCAUAAUCAACCUUAAACUUCAUGGGCUAGGACUCACUGGAAGUCUUGGGUUUGAGCUCUCCAUUCUAAGAAAUCUGAAGCAUCUGGACCUUAGCUCAAAUAACAUUGAAGGCACAAUCCCAUAUAGUUUACCUCCUAACAUCACACAUCUAAACUUGGCUGAGAAUAAAUUUAGCCAAAGCAUUCCAUACUCCUUAGAGAACAUGAAGCACCUCCGGCAUCUGAAUCUGAGCCACAACUUGUUAUCUGCACCCUUGGGUGAUGUAUUUAAUGGCCUCGAAAGUCUAAGAGAAAUGGAUUUGUCCUUCAAUAGCUUCACUGGAGAUCUGCCCCCCUCAUUCAGAAGUUUGACAAACCUCAAUGGCCUGUUCUUGCAGAACAAUCAAUUUACUGGAUCAGUAAUUUUCUUGGCCAAUCUUUCGCUUUCCGACUUGAAUAUUGAAGACAAUCACUUCAGUGGUGUCAUUCCAGAAAAGUUUCAAACUAUACCCAACUUGAGGAUUGCCGGUAAUAAGUUUGACAAGGAGACAAACUAUCCACCCUGGAAUUUUCCUUCUGAAACUAUGCCGAGAGAGCAGAAUAUCAGCAGUCCACCAGCAUCAAAUUUAAGUGCCAUCGAGAGCCAUCCUUCUCGAGUAAUAGGAGUUCUCAAGAAGAAGAAUCCGCAUGAAGCAGGAAUAGUCCUUGUGAUUGCUGGAGUCACUCUGAUUGCAGCAUUAGCAGUUCUUGCCAUUGUGGUUUACAGGCACCGGUCACGUGGGAAAACACGUGGAAGCUUAGGGAGCAGUGAAGAGUCAAUGAGAUCUACAACUAUAGGCAUAGUCCAAGAUUAUGCAUCAACGAACACACAGAGCAGCCCACCUUUAUCCGCAUUUAGCAAUUCCCGGUUGAUUACUCCCUCUCCCCUGCCUCCCAUUCGGACUAAAACUAUGAAAGUAUCUCAGAGAAGUUCCUCUAGGAGUAAAAUGUCGGUUGGCACAAAGGUAUACACAAUUGCAGAGCUUCAAAUAGCAACAAACAGCUUUAGUGAAGAAAACCUUAUUGGUGAGGGAUCUCUUGGUUCCGUUUAUAAAGCAGAGUUUCCAGAUGGCAAGAUUUUGGCUGUGAAGAACAUUAAGACAGUACCUCUAUCCAUCAUUGAAGAACAACAGUUCUUGGAUGUGAUUAGGAAUGCAUCCUGUCUGAGGCACCCUAACAUCGUGACGCUUGUUGGAUACUGUAUGGAGCAUGGUCAGCAUCUCGUGGUGUUUGAAUUUAUCAGGAAAUUUUCUCUCAAUGAAGCUUUACAUUCUGUUGUCUGCAAGCCACUAUCUUGGAGCCAACGCCUUAAAAUUGCUCUUGGCAUUGGACGAGCUUUGACUUACAUACACUCGUCCUCUGUGCCACCAAUUGCCCAUAGCAACUUAAAGGCUGCCAAUAUCUUACUUGAUGAAGAGCUUAUGCCCCGCGUUUCUGACUGUGGCCUGGCUGUGUUGAGACCCCUUGCCAGCAAUACAGUGAAGCUCAAGGCUUCUGAAAUGGCAAUUGCAGAUAGUGGCUACAUUGCACCAGAACAUGUUCAGCCUGGCACUGGUAACACAAAGGCUGAUGUUUAUGCUUUCGGGGUGUUGCUUUUAGAACUUUUGACAGGAAGGAAGCCUUUUGACAAUUCAAGACCAAAAACAGAGCAAUCUCUAGUGAGGUGGGCUUCAUCCAGGCUCCAUGACAGCACAUCUUUAAGACAGAUGGUCGAUCCAGUCAUUACAAGAAUGAUCUCUUCUAAGUCUCUUUCACGUUUGGCUGACAUAGUGUCCCUGUGUAUUCAGCCCGAGCAGGAAUUCAGGCCCCCAAUGUCUGAAAUCGUGGAGUCACUGAUGUAUCUUCUGCAGAGGCCAAAUGCCAGAGAAGGCACUGAAGCAGAUGAGCGUCUGCUGCAGAGGCCGAAUGCCAGAGAACGCACUGAAGCGGCUGAUUUAGAUCGAUCCUUCAGGUCAACCAACACCAGGUUCUUUGGCUCCCCAACAAUAAGCUACUAUUCUGUUUAAUUUUGCAGAGGCUAGAUUUUCAGCAGUAAGUGUUCCACUGCUCAAUAAUUCAUCACUGAUCUCACAGUUGUAUCUUUGAGAUUUUGAGUGCACAGGAGAUCACAAUGAAUAUAAUGAGUAAUGUUUUUGGCAAUUUAUAACAUCUUUUUGGCUGUCGACUGGACUUUGAUCUCCUGAA